AUGAUACCAGAUAGUUAUAGACAAACCUGUAAUUUACAAACCAUUCGUAUAAAUUGCAAGGGAACAAUGGACGGUGAAAAACUAGAUCAAGCAGAUGGAACAUAUCUGUCCGUAUACGUAGGUAAGCUAUGUUCAAUUCAAUUAUUGAGAGGAGAAGACGACGAAGAAGCAACCAUAAUGCAAUUCGGGUUGAGUGGAGACAGGAUAAUAAUUAAACAAUUCCUUAUAGAACCCACCACUAAUCAAAAUUAUCAAAUAAACAACCAAUCAAUGGAACCUCUAGAAAAGGAAACCAGAAAACGAUCAUUAUCCGACAAAUUGGAAACAACCACCCCGUCAAACCACACUGAACGUACAGUAACAAACUCUCCAGAACAAAUAAAAUCAGAUGCAAUUAUCUCUACGCCUACUACAACCACUCAGGUACAAAAUGAAGAAAAUAUCACAAAGCAACUGGGUACAACAACCACCCAAUCCAACGUUUUCACCACUGUCAAGGAAUCGCACGUGAACGCCACAAUUGUUGAAGAAAAUACUGAAAUUAAUAAACUAAGGGAUGUAACAGAAUCUAAAGAAUCCAUAGGGUCAACUACAAUAUGCAAUGAACCAACUAAUAGAAACGGGUUAGAAUCAAAAAAUAUAUAUAUUAAGUAUUAUAAUGGGAAUAGUAAUAUUAGUCAUGAUGAUAUCAGCAAUUAA